AUGACUCUUUUAGCUCCUCUCCUUGCAACAUCCGAAGGAGCGAGGGUUGCAAGGUGCGUGAUGCGAGUGUGCAACAGCGCCGAGGGAGAGAAAGAGACGGACGGCCGCCCGUCGUCCAUCACUGUCAACCCAACCCAAACUCCGCCUAACGUAGCGAUCCCCGACCCGCAGGUGACGGUGCUGAUCAAGGGCCACAGCCGGUGCGGAUCUCGAAGCACGUAUGAGGCCUCGAGCGAGUCUCUCCCCAAGGCCUUCGUGGACGGCACUACCUGGUCGGGCGGCGACAAGAACAAGCCCAACAUCCAGGUGCGCGAGGCGAGUCCCGGGGAGCACGUCCUGAUCACGGUGUCCUACAUCAACGCCACGGUCGCCGUCAGGAAGAUCGGGAGGUACCUGACUGUUUUGGUGACACUGCCAGAGAGCCUUCUGGAGGAGCUGGAGAGGGAGGGGGACGAAGUGCAGCUGUGCCUCCAAGGGUGCCACGAGCAGGAGAGGCUCGACCGACCAGGCGCUGCCCCCCUCUCCAUGGCCGCCAUGAGCAAGAGCAAGGCCAAGGAGCUGUGCAAAAGCUACAAUGUGACGGACUACUACUUGGACUCCUGCAUCUUUGACUUGAUGGCAACUGGUGACACGAGCUUCUGCAAGGCAGCACAGACAGCACAGAAGGACCUGUGGGAGCACGACCCUGUAGGAGCUCAAAGACUACUGCUCAACUGCUCUGACCCACCGUGCAUGUGGGAGCCAAGUUCCUCCUCCCUUUCACGGUACCCCUCACUCCUCAUCAUCCUCCUUGCUCUGCUGUUGCAAGGGUGAAGGGUAGUGAGGGAAAACGGGUAAGGACAGAGGAAGGACGGUAGAGGAGUUAGAAGAUGAGAAGGAAGAAGAGAAGGGAGCCAGCUGCAACUUACUUGCAUCACCUUGCUUGCAAUCUUGCUUGCUUGGCAUCUCUUUUGGCAACAAGGAAGGGGCUGUGUAACUUGUAUCAGGGAUAUUUUGUACCAAGAGAGGUACCUGAAUGUUUGUGGAAACAGAGAAGAAAAUGAAGAAAGAAGAAAGGAAAGAAAAAGAUGAGAGAAAAAAGUGUUUUAUUAGUCAGUUCUUGGCAUAGCAGCUCAAUCUGAUAAGGUUCUUUGCUGGACAGACUUCAAGAAAAUGAUUGAUUUCAUGGGAAGUGGUAAUGGUUUGUAGAAAUGUCAGGUGAUUUUUCUCUCUCAUUUUUCUUUACAGUGAUGUGAUGAUAUGGGGAAAAGCUAAGAAAACAGAUAUAACAUUUUGUUGAUAUGUGUUUUCUCCAAGGUAGUUUUUGUGUAGAAUGAAAAGUGAAAUGAUAUGGAAUCAGUAUUUCAUGAAAGUGCAGGCAUGUUUGGGAUCACAAAAUAAGUGGUAAAAGAUAUGUUAUUCUCACCACAUCUGACUGUAUGAAUCGAAGAGAAAUAUUUGCUGUGUAUUUAAAGGUUGAAGACCAUUUCAUGUCUUCUAUUGUAUUUCAUUAGCUAUUUAUUCUGAACUGUAUAUUUUUUAUGUUGAUGUAUGAUGAAUGAGGCUUAAUGCUUUUUUUAUGUUUUUUUUUUUUUUUUUUUUUUUUUCUACUUCCCAAAGUGUACAGUUUGUGGCUUCAUUUACUUUAAAAUGAUUAAUAACUCACAUUAUCCAACACAAUUCUCAUUUUUAUCAGAAACUUUUUUACUGCAUCAUUAUGAAGAAAUAGAAUGAAGGAAAGAUUUCAGAAUAUAUAUAUAUACCCAGUAUUACAGGAGAGAUUCCCAUACAGAGAGAUUGUCUUUGUAGAUGUUAAUAAUGAUAAUAAUUCAUUGGGUCACUAGUAUGUGAAUAUAUAAGUAUACCUCAUUACUGUCUAUGUCUAGGCUCUCGUUAAAGGCUGCUCCCCAAGUUAAUUACCCUUGUGUCAUACCUAGUGUUCCCACAAAUCACCACCAAACACGGAUUCACCUCAUUUUUUGUUGCUGUCCUUGUCCAA